AUGCGCAAAAGAUCAUAAGCCUAUCACGCUUAAACUCAGGAAGAAUACUAAUAAUUAAUGCAAGAAGAUGAUAUUGCUUAAAAGCGCAACGAAUGUAUUAUCCAUUAGGAUAAGAUGGGAAUAGUGGACCAAAUAGAAUGGUUAGAAACUCCUGAUUUCAUAGAAAACGACAGCAAAUAUAAACUCGAAUUGAACACUAGCAGUGAUUCUGAUGAAUCUUUCUAAACUCGUAAAAAAUUCUUGAUAAUUAUAGAAGACAACCAGUAGUUAAAUGAAUAUUUCUCAAAGGAAAGCUUCCCUCAUUUAUUUAGUGAGAAUACAAAUCGCAAAUUCCUCGAACUUGUUUAUUCCUCUUAAGAAGAAGAGAUGUGGAUUCAUUUCAGACCUCUUCGCAACUCUACUGCUAGUGCUUCUAACAGCUAAGCUGCUGCUUCUGCUGCUGGAUCAUCUAUUUCUUCUUUCAGCAAAAAACGUGAAGAAUCCUCAUAAGAUAACAUAAAAAACAGUCUCUAUUGCAGCAUAAUUGAAGAUAGUUUUUAUCCUCACGCAGACUAUAUAAUAUUAUUUUCUAGUGAACAAGCUAAAGAAAUUUAAGAGUGGAAAUCAAGGUGCAGAAACAUAAAAUCCUCAUAAAAAAUUUGUGUUUAUAGCAAGUAGAAAUAAACUCUUUAGGUAGAGAGUGAAUAUGACUAAAACGAAUGUGACACUUCUAUCUCCACAUUAUCUUCUCCUCCUUCUUCUGCAGAGUUAGGAUGGUUCAAUAAUCUUAAAAUUAAUAACAAUAAAGAAGAAUUCAUUUUAUUGGAACAACCCUCUGAGUCCUAUAAUUCUUACAAUAUCAUAAAAACUCUGAUUAACUAAGCCUGA